AUGAAUUUGGUACGUCUCGUGUGCCGCCACAAGACUGCGCUGUUCCUCUGCACUGUGUGCACCUUUGCCGUGGUCCUGGUCUUCUUGGCCAAAUGUACCUCCGAAACCCUGAAGCAGGGUCACGCCGAUCCACCGGGUUUAGCCCCUCGCGCAAGCGCUUUAAACCCCCAUCCGGAGCAGCACGACCGAGCCGCUCCUCUCAAAGACGUGUCGGCGUUCCUCGUCGUCCUCAUCACCACGGGUCCAAAGUACACAGAGCGCAGGAGUAUCAUCCGCAGCACGUGGCUGUCCAAGCGGGACUCUGACACCCUAGCCAUGUUUGUCGUAGGAACCCUAGGAUUGUCCGACGAAGACCUUCAGAACCUGAACGUAGAACAAGGACGGCAUAAGGAUCUGCUACUACUCCCAGACUUGAAAGAUUCUUACGAGAACUUGACCGUGAAGCUGCUACACAUGUACUCAUGGCUGGACCGCAACGUACACUUCAAGUUCGUCCUCAAAGCGGACGACGACACGUUCGCCCGCUUGGAUCUACUUAAAGACGAGCUACGAGGUAAAGAACCUUCUCGAUUGUACUGGGGCUUCUUCUCGGGACGAGGCCGAGUCAAGACGGCGGGAAAGUGGCGGGAAGGUUCCUGGGAGCUUUGCGACUACUACCUCCCCUACGCGCUAGGCGGAGGCUACGUUCUGUCGUCGGAUUUGGUACGAUACGUGCGUCUGAACGCCGAAUACUUGAAAAUAUGGCAGAGCGAGGACGUGUCUUUGGGCGCCUGGUUAGCGCCGGUGGACGUCCGGCGGACGCACGACCCGCGGUUUGACACGGAGUAUAAAUCCCGAGGUUGCAACAAUAAGUACUUGGUGACGCACAAGCAAAGUCUGGAGGACAUGUUGGAGAAGCACCAAAUGCUACAGCGGGACGGGAGGUUGUGUAAGGAGGAAGUCAAGCUGCGGUUAUCGUACGUCUACGAUUGGAGCGUGCCGCCUUCGCAGUGCUGCCAAAGGAAGGAGGGCAUUCCUUAA